AUGUUCAAACUUAUUAGUCGAAGCAGUAUACGCAAUAGCACUAGUCUGCGUUCUAUCCACACAUUACCAAAAUUGAUCAAUCACGAUGUCUGGGUGGAGAAGGGAAUCCCUGGUCUUUUCAGCCCGCAGGGUUACAACACUGCUUGGACAGACUAUCAAACUUAUUUGCUUACCAACCUUACAUUAUUGACCAAUGGAACAGGUAAUGAAGCCAAGCACCCAUAUCAAACCAUGCUUAAUGUGGCGAAACAAACUACUCAGCAGCACACAUACCAUUAUGCUGCAAUGUCGCACAUGAACCAUUUCUUUUUUGAACAGAUUGCCAAUAAAGACCAUGCCCAAUCCACAAAGCCAUCUCGUUCGUUGAUGGAAAAGCUAAUGCACCAGGAUAUUUUAGAUGUAGAUGCAUUAAGAGACAAGAUCUUGACCAUGGCUGAGUCUGCUUCAGGACAAGGCUGGGUCUACAUGGUCGAGGACAAAACCAAAAGUUUACAAUUUUUGACAUGUAACAAUGAUGGAACACCAUACUAUUUCGCCAAGAGACAACAAUUGGACUUUAACUCUGGGAUUGAUGAGUUGAGCUACAAGUCAUUGGAGAAUUUGGAAAAGAGAUGUCAAGAUCCAGAGUUUAAAAAGGCAGAGGAAGAACACAUGUUGCCCAUCUUGGCCAUCAACUUCUGGGACCACAUGUACAUUGAAGAUUAUGGAGUUACAGGAAAAGCCGAGUACUUGAACAAUGUGUGGGAACAUUUGAACUGGGAUGUCAUCAACAAGAGAUUGUUCCAAAUGUAA